CGAUGAUGAUGUCUGACUUUGUUGAGGAGCAAGCACACCACACUGAGGUGGUGUCAAAACAAACUGAAGAGUUAGAAAGACAACGCCAACAAAUUAUUAUGAUGCAACAACAGCUGGCCCAGAUGACACAAGCCCAGAAUAAUAUGACAGAAGCCCAGAAUAAUAUGAGCCAGACAAUUGCACAGUCUGUUGCAGCAGCUCUAGCUGCUUAUGGCAUCUCUCCCCAGGCAGGUCAUCAGCCAUUUGCCUCACCACAACCUUCACGUAAUCAGGGCUCAGGUCUUCGCAUGAAUACACCUGUCACCUACUCUACUGAUUCUACACAGACCUCUCCUAUUGUGCCUGAACAUCAGCAUCAGCAGCUUCCACCUCAAGAUGAUGUAUACCGUCCUGUUUUCGAUCCAGACUAUUCAGCUCCUUAGUUUUGUUUUCUGCUUGGUUAUCUGCAUGGUUAUCUGCACACUCUGCAUGGUUAUCUGCACACUCUGCAUGGUUAUCUGCACACUCUGCAUGGUUGCCUUUAUUUCUAUUAGUACUUUUAACUGCUAGCUUUAACUUUUUAUUAGGAUAUCUUUUCAUAUUUUACUUGAUCUCCAGUAAUCAUGCUUGAAGUAUGAACUUUUG